AUGGCAGACGAACCGGAAGAGCUGCAAACUUUGAAGGGCAGUUCCGUUGGCCGGUCACCGGAUGAUGCCACCGGAACACCGGCACCGGCGGGGCGCUCCUUUCGGGGCUUGUGGAAAGGGUUGAAGGGCUGUGGGCCAAUCCAGCGCCGGCUGCCGAUACUGCGCUGGAUGCGACACUACGAUCGGACCGACGGUGCCGCAGAUCUGAUCGCCGGCCUGACGCUCGGCCUGACAAUCAUCCCGCAGAGCAUGGCGUACGCCACCAUCGCGGGCCUACCGUCGCAGUACGGCCUGUACGCGGCCUUCAUGGGAUCGCUGGUGUACGUGUUCCUCGGCACGGUCAAGGAGGUGUCCAUCGGGCCGACCAGUCUGAUGGCGCUGCUCACGUACCAGUACACGGCGGGACGGCCGGCCGAGUACGUGGUGGUGCUAGCGUUCGCCGCCGGGCUCGUCGAGCUGGCGAUGGGGAUCGGGCGCCUCGGGUUCCUCGUCUGCCUGAUCUCUGUCCCCGUCACGUCCGCCUUCAGUUCGGCCACCGCACUCAUCAUUAUCGGGUCGCAGCUGCGCAACUUGCUCGGAUUGGCCCGCGGAAGUGGCAGCGGCUUCUUCGGCACGGUGCUCGAUGUGACCAGACAGCUACCGGAGGCGUCCGGCCCGGACACCGCCCUCGGUGCGGUGUGCAUCGUCGGGCUCGUAGCACUCCAGCAACUGCCGAAGGUGUGCCGCACUGCCACCAGAUGGCGCCGUACGCUUUGGUACGUGUCCCUUGCCCGGAACGCGCUCGUCGUCCUCGCGUGCGCCAUCGUUUCCUUCUACUGGACCGGGUCCCCACCCUGGCGACUCUCGGGGGCCGUCGAGCCGGGCAUCCCAACGUUCGAGCUUCCCACGCUCAUCACCAGCACCGUCGGUAACCGGACCGUGGGCUUCAUCGAGAUGGCGGUCGAGCUGGGCGACGGCUUGCUGCUCGUACCGCUCGUCGCCAUCUUGGCUAACGUGGCGAUUGCCAAAGCGUUCGCCUCCGGCCAAGCGGUGGAUGCCACGCAGGAGCUGAUCGCACUCGGACUGUGCAACAUCAUCGGUUCGUGCUUCCGCUCGAUGCCCACAACCGGGGCCUUUACCCGGUCGGCCAUCAGCCACGCGAGCGGAGUCCGGACACCCCUGGCCGGUCUCUACUGUGCCCUGGCCACCCUGCUGGCCCUCGGAGUGCUGACGCCGUACUUCUACUACAUUCCCCGCGCCACGCUGGCUGCCGUGCUGAUCGCGGCCGUGGCACCGAUGCUCGACCUGCCGAUCGUGGCCCGGCUGCGGCGCACCGGAUCCCCCACCGACCUGCUCGCGUGGACCGUGUGCUUCGGCGUGUGUCUGUUGGUGAGCGUCGAGGUCGGGCUGCUGUGUGGCAUGGCGGUCAGCCUGCUGGAACCACUGCGGGUAUCGAUCUGGCCGCGCUGCCACUGCGAAACGGUGCACGAGCCCCGCCAGCGGUUCAGCUUCCGCCGGGUCCGCCCCGAGCACGGGCUGCUCUACACGAGCGUCGACCGCCUCCGGACCCUGGUGCUGGCCGAAGUAGCGGCGGCGGAGGCAGCGGCGGAGUCUUCCGGCGACGACGAGCGGGGCUACCCGGCCCCGGUGUCGAUUGUCCUGGACUGCGGGCGGUUGGUGGCGCUGGACUAUAGUGCGGUGCAGGCGCUGAAGGACCUGGCCGACGAGAUAGCCCGGCUCGGCGGGACGCUGCUGCUCCGCGACGUUCCCGACCGCUGGCGCCAUCGGCUCGCCCUUCACGAGACGGAGCACGGGCUCACGUUCGCUCAGUGAGAAGCCAGCCAAGCAUGGUUUAUCUGUAGGUAAUUCGAUCCGGCCGAUCGAGUCUGGCGAGUCAAAGUUAGUGCUCGUUUCAUUA